CGACGAUGCCAAGCGUUAACAAUGGCCGAAACUUUAAUAGAGGAAGGCGAACGUCCAACUACAGAAAGACUAGAGCGACAAGUAAUCGUUCGUCAGGUCACCCCUGAACUCCCAGUACAUUUAAAACUCCUGUUGGCAUCAACAAUUGUUCUAGUUGUACUCGUCUUAGGGACGAUAAUUUAUUUUAUAUACGCUAAAUAUGCAAACGAAUGACAGCAGCGAGAACUACGGAGCAGAUACAGGUGUCUGCUCACAGUUUACUAGUGAAGAUGCACGGAACGACUUGGACUUUGCCGGAAAACAGAUGUUUUGUAACGAUGAAGAGUUUUGCACCACGGAAAAAGCCCACAAGGAUGCGAAUGGAUCGCCACAAACCAAGGCGCAAUGGAAUGACAUCACUUUCAGCAGUGAUGAUCUAGGUCAAACUGGUGAUUCUGAAACAUAUCCUGAUACCUAUGAAAACAUGAUAUCAAGGAUGGGUGAAAUUGAGAAGACUUUGGUAACUGUUAAAGAAACAUUAUCCGCAGCAAGUGUGCGUUGCCAUCUGCUUAAUGUUGAUGUUGUUACAACGUUUAGUCCAGAAAUGCUGGACAUCCUGAACAUAACGAAGGAACAGUGUGAAGACUGUAUAAAAGCAAUGAAGACUUUGUCUGCUGAGGACUACUGACCAAAAAA